UUAAUUAGCAAAUGCUACUCUAACUUCCAUACCUCCUCUUCCCACUACCAUAAUCCCGCCACCUUCAUCACCACUAUCACCACCACUACCGUACUAACCAAUUACCAUCAAGACUUCCUCUACUUUCAUCUUGUAUCUGUGUUUUGUUUGCCAGUCAGUCACAAGACAGAAGUUCGGACGGGGCAUGGAACCUCGCGGAUUAUUCUAGAGAGAUGUUAAAGAAAAAAAUACCAACAACAACAAAACAAUAAUCAGUUUCACGUUGCUUUUGAGCUGUGAUCAUGUAAUGGUAGCUGCCUGAUAGUGUUGUUUUGUGAAGAACCCCUAACUCCUUAUUGAACCACUCUACUGCUGAUAGAUCUCAUAACAUCAAGCAGUCCCAAUCUACCGAACCUUCUUGCCAGAAUUGUAACACAGAAUGGACAUUUGGUAAGAAUGAUGGAGAAAGCAUUUAACAUAUUGAUAAGAUGCUGAAUCAAACAUCAUCACCUGCCUCACUUGCUUCGUAGGAAUAGUUAAUUACAUGCCAAGAGACACUUCUGGCAAGUGUCACUAAGACCAGUCUUUUACUCCCCAAAACUUUGGUUUCAUAUGCUAGUUUUGGGAGGACUUCAGUUCUUCAAACAGAAGUAAAACAAUGUCGUCGGUUAAAGUUGCUGUAAGGGUACGUCCCUUCAACAGUCGGGAAAUUGCCCGAGACUCAACUUGUAUCAUUGAUAUGUGUGGAACAACAACCACUAUACAGAAUCCUAAACCUGGACCCAAGGACCAAAUGUACAAGAGCUUUAAUUUUGAUUAUUCAUAUUGGUCCCACACUGAUCCUUCUGAUCCUGAAUUUUCGUCCCAGACAAAAGUGUAUGAAGACAUCGGCCUGGAGAUGUUGGAACAUGCUUUUGAAGGAUACAAUGUCUGUAUAUUUGCAUAUGGACAGACUGGUGCAGGGAAAAGCUACACCAUGAUGGGAAAGAAUGAAGACAGCCAACGUGGGAUAAUCCCACUGUUGUGUCAGGAUUUAUUUGACCGGAUCAAAGACAAUAAAACUGCCGAACAGAUGUACUCCGUGGAGGUCAGCUACAUGGAAAUUUACUGUGAGCGUGUACGGGAUCUUUUGAACCCCAGUAACAAAAACAACCUUCGCGUGAGAGAACAUCCAUUAUUAGGUCCAUAUGUCGAGGACCUUUCUAAAUUGGCCGUACAAUCUUUUGAAGACAUCGGAAAACUCAUCGAUGAAGGCAACAAAGCCAGGACCGUUGCCGCUACAAACAUGAACGAAACCAGCAGCCGUUCACAUGCUGUUUUUACCAUUAUAUUCACCCAGAAAAAACUUGACCAAGCCACUAAAAUGGUUGGAGAAAAGGUGAGCAAAAUCAGUCUUGUAGACUUGGCCGGCAGUGAACGAGCUGAUUCAACCGGUGCCAAAGGAACCCGCCUGAAAGAAGGCGCUAACAUUAACAAAUCUUUGACGACCCUUGGAAAAGUAAUUUCUGCUCUGGCAGACGUGAGUGCUUCUGAAGCGAUAAAGGUCAGCAGCAAGAAAAAGAAGAAAACAGAUUUCAUUCCUUACAGAGAUUCUGUACUAACAUGGCUUCUUCGAGAAAAUUUGGGUGGAAACUCAAAAACUGCCAUGGUUGCUGCACUCAGCCCAGCUGACAUCAAUUUUGAUGAAACCCUCAGUACACUAAGAUAUGCUGACCGAGCCAAACAGAUCGUGUGUAAGGCUGUGGUCAAUGAAGAUCCAAAUGCCAAGGUCAUUCGUGAGCUCAAGGAAGAAGUUGCUCGUUUACGAGAACUUUUGGUUCAUGAAGGAAUUGAAAUAAAUGAAUGUAACACCCCAACCGGCCAAAAAGAAAUAAAACGCACUCGUAAAGAAUCCAUGUCCACCGAUGGUGAUGACCCAGUGGAACGUCUUCAGUUGUCUGAGAAACUAAUGGCUGAACUCAAUGAAUCUUGGGAAGAAAAACUUCGUAAAACAGAAGCUAUUAGAAAAGACAGAGAAGCAGUUCUUGCUGAAAUGGGUGUAGCUCUGAGAGAAGAUGGCGGAACCAUCGGCGUAUUUUCUCCAAAAAAGACCCCUCACUUGGUCAACCUGAAUGAGGAUCCUUUGAUGUCAGAGUGUCUUAUUUACUACAUCAAGGAUGGUAUUACGAGGGUUGGUCUACCAAACACCAAACAGCCCCCUGAUAUUCAAUUAAAUGGAACCCAUAUCAAAGAAGACCAUUGUAUGUUUGAUAAUAACGAAGGUACAGUUACUGUAAUUCCAAGCAAUGGAUCCAUACUCUAUGUUAACGGCCGUCAAAUCACUGAGCCAACCAUCCUGAAAGUCGGCGCUCGUGUAAUCCUUGGCAAAAACCACGUUUUUCGUUUCAACCAUCCAGUGCAAGCUCGUGAAAGCCGAGCCCUGAUGACUGAAAGUAUUACAGACCUUGAAAGUCUGUCUCAGAACCAAGAACCAGUUGACUGGACAUUUGCUCAACUUGAAUUGCUGGAAAAUCAAGGAAUUGAUCUGAGAAAGGACAUGGAACAGAGAUUGCUUGCCCUUGAAGAGCAGUAUCGGAAAGAGAAAGAAGAAGCUGACAUGCUUUUUGAACAGCAAAGAAAGGACUAUGAGUUCCAAAUUCAUGCUUUACAAGAACAGGUUGAGAGACAUUCUAUGAUGUCCAGUUACACCACCGAUGACUUCAAUGAAGAAGAAGACCAUCAGAUGGAAUGCACAUGGACUGACCAUGAGCGUCAAAUAGCCCUCUGGGCUUUUCGGAAAUGGAAAUACCAUCAAUUUACAUCCCUGAGAGAUGAUCUCUGGGGCAACGCUAUUUUCUUGAAAGAAUCCAAUGCCAUCAGUGUCGAACUUAACAAGAAGGUUCAAUUUCAAUUUGUUCUGCUGACCGACACCAACUACUCACCUUUGUCCUCUGAACUCUUGCCUCAAGAUGAGAGAGACAGUAACAGACCAUUUCCCAAGACCAUUGUUGCUGUUGAAGUGCAAGACUUGAAGAACGGCGCUACUCACUUUUGGAGUUUGGAGAAAUUGAGACAACGGUUGGAGCUCAUGCGACAGAUAUAUAAUGAGGAUCUAUCACCCGAGACACCUGAGGCCAAACAGGACUUCUUUCACUGCCUGGCCGCCUGUGGCAACCAGACUUACUUUAACUUUUACAAUCUCAUCCCAUCCAGACAAAGACUGGAGCUGAUGCGAGAGAUGUACCACAAUGAGGCUGAGCUUUCCCCUACUUCACCUGAACCAAGCAUCGAUAACAUGACUGGUGGUGAUCCGUUUUAUGACCGCUUUCCCUGGUUUCGUCUUGUAGGAAGGUCCUUUGUAUACUUGAGUAAUUUAUUCUAUCCGGUUCCUUUGGUACACCGUGUUGCCAUUGUCAACGAGAAAGGAGAUGUGAAAGGAUACCUAUGUGUGGCUGUCCAAGCUGUGACAGAAAAAGAGGACACUGUUGAUUAUGCUCCAGGAAUCAAGCAAUCUGGAAAUGCCAAAAUAUCUUUUGAUGAUGAUAACUACUUCGAAAAGAAACAGUUGUAUAGCCCAAAACUUGCACAAGAUUGCAGUAAUUUGAAGAAAGCUGUUGAACUUCCACCGCAGGAGGAAGAACGUAUCGUUGAGGGCGAAGGUACCAAUCCAGAUUCUAAUGAAAUGCUUGAGGAAGGUAAAGUGAAUGUGGAUAAUACUCGUGAGUCUGCAGACCACUUCCCAGACAUUGCAGACAAGGAAUUGCCAGAACACCUGAAAAUAGGAUCUGUAUUUCAGUUCCGAGUCACAGUCUUAAAAGCAUCUGGUAUUUCUCCUGAAUAUGCUGAUAUAUUCUGCCAAUUUAACUUUCUUCAUAGACACGAUGAAGCUUUCUCCACUGAACCUUUAAAGAAUUCAGGGAAAGAACUUCCUCUCAGCUUUUACCAUGUUCAAAAUUUCACCGUUACAGUCACCAAGUCUUUUAUUGACUACAUCAAAAGUCAACACUUGGUAUUUGAAGUGUUUGGUCACUACCAACAACAUCCUCUUCAUGAACAAGCCAAAGAAAAUUUGUUGUGUUCUGGAAGCCCAUUAUACUCAAACAUCCGACGUCCCCCACGUCGCAGUUUUCCCAUGUCUCUGCCUGUAUCAAAACCAGUACCAUCACCAAAAUUCGGUGUCAUAACUCCACCCAGCACUUCAGAAGUAGACAUACCACUUAAUUCUCUUGUAAUGGAGAUAAACAAAUCAUUAACCAAUUGUAGUCCCCUGGCUGUCCCCUCUGGCUGGACACUAGAUCCCAGUACUUCUCCAGUUCAUGCAAAAUACGACCUUUUGGUUUGGUUUGAAAUCUGCGAACUUGCACCCAAUGGAGAGUACGUACCCACAGUUGUAGACCAUUCUGACGACUUACCCUGUGCCGGCACCUACCUUCUCCACCAGGGUAUACAAAGACGUAUCACCAUAACCAUUGUUCACGAGAAAGGACCAGACUUGAUAUGGAGGGAUAUCAAGGAACUUGUAGUUGGUCGUAUCAGAAAUACUCUGGAUUAUCGAGAUGUGGACAGCGAGAAUACUGUUCUGUCUCUGAGUCUCUUCCCUGCUCACUAUGUACAGCAACCCAAUGAUGAUAGGAUAUUUUUCCGGUUUGAAGCUGCCUGGGACAGUUCCCUUCACAACUCUCCACUUUUGAACCGAGUGACUCCCUAUGGAGAGAAAGUCUUCAUGACAUUAUCUGCAUAUUUGGAGGUUGAUAAUUGUGCCCAGCCUGCCUACAUCACGAAAGACUUGUGUCUGCUUAUCCAUGCCCGUGACGGAAAACUAACUGCUCCAAGAUCCCUGCGUAACCUAUUUUCUGGAGGUUAUUCUCGCAAGGACACCAACAGACUAGGUGGUGUUUAUGAAUUGUUCUUACGCCGUUGCAACAAUUCUGGAAGUCCAGGUGUACAAAGACGUCAGCGUCGUGUUCUAGAUACAUCUUCCACCUAUGUUCGUGGGGAGGAGAACCUUAACGGCUGGCGGCCCCGUGGUGACUCUUUAAUCUUAGAACACCAAUGGGAACUUGAGAAACUCACUCGACUGGAAAUGGUAGAGAAGGCACGGCACAUUCUCCUGUUGAGAAAGAAACUUGGUGAACAAAACAAAACCCAAGAGCUGAGCAAACUUGAUAAAGAUGCGUCCAACAUGUAUGCAAAAGCCAAGUCACAGCGUGCCAAGGAAGAAGAGCUGAAAGGAGAUGAUGACAAGGACCUCUCCACUGAUGGAACUGAUAAGAAACUGAAAUUUUCCAAUCCCGGUGGACCUAUCCCAGAUUUUGUCACUAAUGGCGACGCCAACAAGGAAUUGACAGCCAAAUGUCUACGACUCCUAUUACAAGGACGUCUACCCCUCAGCUCUCAGAACAAGCCUCUUGCAGCAUUAAAUGAGAGUAUGGUUAGCAGUAACUCAGAUGAAGAUGAGACUGCCCCCAUGAGCAUGGACAACGUGAUGCAGGCAAGCACUAGCAGUAGUGUCCUCAACACCAGCCUGAUCAAUAGCAACCAGAACUGUAGCAUGGACAGCAGUGUCACUUCAGAUAUCUUAAGUGUGUCAAUGCAUUCAGAAGGACAAGCUGCUAAUGCUCACAAAUGGCCUACAUCUACUGAGACAAAAACCCAGUCGAAAUCUUGCGAAAGCUUAUCGUCAAUGGCCGAGAAUUCUGAACGUAAGUUCUCUUUGCCAUUGAAGACUAACAAGCCAGAGACUGACCAACAGUUAUUCAUUCCAGACAUUGAGGAAGUGAGGGUCAGCCCCAUAGUAUCGAGGAAAGGUUACCUCAACUUCUUGGAAGAGAAGACCAAUGGAUGGACAAAACGUUGGGUGGUUGUCCGUCGUCCUUAUGUGUAUAUCUACAACAAUGAGAAAGAUCCCGUUGAAAGGGGUCUGAUUAACUUAGCCACAGCUCAGAUUGAAUAUAGUGAAGAUCAACAAGCUAUGCUCAAGACUCGAAACACAUUCUCUGUAAUGACCAAACAUAGAGGAUUUUUCCUUCAAACUCUUGAUGACAAAGAUUUCCAUGAUUGGCUAUAUGCCAUCAAUCCACUUCUCGCUGGCCGAAUUAGGUCUAAACUGUCACGGAGGAAACAGUCGGUGAAAAUAUGAUCUGCAAUAAGUCCAGUACCUCGCAGCAGACAGCUUGGUCAGUUCUACAGCAGUGCCGCUGCCAUAUGCAGCCUUCUUAGAAGGAAGUUGAAAGCAAAACUGCAGUUCAAGCAAAACAAAUACAAGCAUAUCACAAACCAAACCUAACUUAAAUGAAAUCCCAUUAUUUGUGUAAUAUGUAGAUAAUAGACACACAUUAACACAGCUAAACACACAGACAAUAUAUUAUAUAUAUAUGGAUAUAUAUGUGUAUAAAUAUAUGCAUAUCUACAUUAUUUAUCUAUCUCUCUAUGGAUAUAUUUAUAUUAUAUAUAUUUACAUACACACACAUACA